UACAGAGCUUUCAUUUCUCAUAGUAUAUGUUCUGUGGACGGAUCAUCUUGUAAGAGAUAUUCUCUUCUUCUCUAGUCACUGAUUUUUCUUUUGAAAAUUACGGCGCGGUCUUCUUAAAUUAGAAAAUGAAAUCCAAGUUAGAUUUAUUGACUGAGCCCGCAUGGAAACAGCUACAAGAAUACUUUGACAACAAUGGCUCGAAGAUUAAUAUAUAUAAUAUGUUUCAACAGGAUCCUAAACGUUUUGAAAAAUUUAGUUUAGAACUCUCUACUCCACAAGAUGGACCAAUUCUAUUGGAUUACUCCAAGAAUAUGAUUAACAAGGAAGUACUUGAUUUAUUAUUUAACUUGGCUCGUACACGAGAAAUAGAAGCUGCGAGAAGUGCCAUGUUUAAUGGCGAAAAGAUCAAUUUCACAGAGAAUAGAGCAGUUCUACAUAUUGCUUUGCGUAAUAGAAGCAAUAUGCCGAUACUGGUAGAUGGUAAAGAUGUGAUGCCCGAUAUUAAUGCAGUAUUAGAACAUAUGAAAGAGUUUACAAACGAGAUAUUGACAAAACAAUGGAAAGGAUUUACCGGUAAACCUAUUGAAGAUGUUGUUAAUAUUGGAAUUGGAGGCUCUGAUCUUGGUCCACUUAUGGUAACUGAAGCUUUAAAAGCAUACAGCAUUGGGCCUAGAGUUCAUUUUGUUAGUAAUAUUGAUGGCACUCAUGUAGUUGAAACUCUUAAGAAGUUGAAUCCGGAGACAACUUUGUUCAUAAUAGCUUCCAAGACGUUUACAACACAGGAAACUAUAACGAAUGCAACCACUGCCAAGCAGUGGCUCUUGAAAGCAUUAAAAGAUGAAGCUGCAGUAGCCCGUCAUUUCGUAGCAUUGUCUACCAAUGAACAAAAAGUUAAAGAAUUUGGCAUCAACGUGAAAAAUAUGUUUGGCUUUUGGGACUGGGUUGGAGGACGUUAUUCAUUGUGGUCAGCUAUCGGCUUAUCAAUCUGUUUGUCAAUUGGUUUUGAUAAUUUUGAAAAACUUUUAAGUGGAGCUCACUUUAUGGAUCAACAUUUUUGUACUAUGCCGUUAGAACAAAAUGCUCCUGUCAUAUUAGCUUUACUUGGCAUAUGGUAUCAUAACUUUUACAAAGCUGAAACACACGCAUUAUUGCCAUAUGAUCAAUAUCUACAUAGAUUUGCAGCUUACUUUCAGCAAGGCGAUAUGGAAAGUAAUGGAAAAUAUAUUACUCGCUCUGGAAAGGCUGUAAAUUACUCCACUGGCCCAAUUGUGUGGGGAGAACCAGGUACUAAUGGACAACAUGCAUUCUAUCAAUUAUUGCACCAAGGUACAAGACUUGUACCGGCAGAUUUUAUAAUUCCCGUUCAAUCUCAAAAUCAGAUUGAUCCACAUCAUACAAUUUUACUUGCUAACUUCUUUGCGCAAACUGAAGCUCUAAUGAAAGGCAAAAACGAGAAUGAAGCUCGAGCCGAAUUGCAAAAAUCAGGAUUAAGCGUUGAACAAAUAGAGUUAUUAUUACCACAUAAGUUGUUUGAAGGUAACAGACCGACAAACAGCAUUGUAGUAAAAAAACUAACACCUUUCAUUCUUGGUGCUUUGAUUGCGAUGUACGAACAUAAAAUUUUCGUACAGGGUAUCAUUUGGGAUAUCAAUUCAUACGAUCAAUGGGGGGUGGAGUUGGGAAAACAACUAGCUAAAGUCAUUGAACCAGAACUAGCUAGCGAGGAAAAUGUUACAACGCAUGAUGCAUCGACUAAUGGCUUGAUAGCAUUCGCUAAACGUUACAGAGCCUAAAUAUAUUAUUCAGGCUACGUUUUUGUUAUAAGAUGUUUAAAAUAGAUGUGUCAGACAUAAAAAGCUUGUUCCAAGUAACAUUAUAUAUCAGAGUUUAUGUAUACUUAGCAUAGUUGAGGAAAAAAGGCAUAUUUAACAUAGUUGAGAAAAAAGGCAUAUUUAACAUAGUUGAGGAAAAAAGGUACAAACAUGCAGCUUAGACAUUUUUAAGAUAUUUUUAAGAUUCUUAAUUUCUCAUAUGUUAGGUUAUGAUGUCUAAGUGAUAUAAAGUCUGCUUCAAAAUGUAUUAAAAAUUUAUAGUUUAUGCUAUAUACAUGAUACAGAUUUUCAAUAUUAUUAAUACAUUAUGGAGUGCGCCUUUAAAUGCCUGUGGCAUGCAUAACUAAUGUAUUUUGCUGCAUAGAAAAAGAAAUAAUAAUUUAAUGUUACGAUAUUGUAAUAAAGUCAAAAUUGGCUAGAAAAGUUUAUCGGGUGAAAAAACCAUAAAUUUCGAUUUUUACUAUUUUAGAUCCAAUGAAAUAAACUGGUAAAAACUAUGAAACUAACAAAUAUAUAUAAGAUAUUAAAUGCUGUAAGGUCGUUAGGUAUUGAUAAGCGAGCGAAAUAAUUAGGAGAACAGUGGAGUGUCUUGGAAUAGCAGUGAGGAUGCUAGGUGUCCGAACGAGAAAUUCCGAGUUUAAAUCCCGAUCGGUUCUUAAUUUUUUCAUCGCUUACAUAUACAUGUAACACUGAAAUAUAUUUGACUUGAUUAGGCAGUGUGAGGGCGUACGGGUGUAUGUAUGAAGAUAGACCGAGGUUGAGUAUGAGUGUUUUGUAUAUUAAAAAGAAUUAAGAAAGUAAAGAGGUAUGAGCUAUAGAGAUAGGGGACUAGAGAAGACGGAAAUUGGAGGUAGAGGAUAAAAGAAUUUGCGGAUAUUGGAAGAUAUAGAAGAAAGGAACAAGAAUAGGUAAGGGCGGACAAUGAACCGGGAGAAUCCGGGAGGGCCAGUAAUGUAGGAAGGCAACGGAAUUAAACACAAAAGAAAAAUAUAAAUGGUGACGGUGUGCAAAGUAAAAGAGUUUUAGGAGAAAAGUAGAGAAAUUUAUUGAAGAAGGAGAAAAAGGAAAUCUGUUAAUAAAGAGGGAUAUUAAUAUAAGAACUGGCAAGUUAGGCGGUAGAGAUACAGGGAGAAAUAGCUAUAGGAAGGCUAAAGUGACAGGUAAUACAAGGAAUCUGGCAGAAUGGUUUAUGAAGAGAGGAUGGCAUAUUGUGAAAUUGUGAAUAAAAGAAUGGAAGGAGAUUAGAAGGAGGUACGAUUGCAUAGAGGUACGGAGGAGAAAAAUGAUAUUAUAGGAAAGAAAAACGUAGCAAAGAAAAAUUGUAAAUUAGAAUGUAGAAUAAGAAGAGGAUUAGGUAUAAAUUUAAGUAAAAAUGUAGGUAUUGUAGAAGUAAAUUAAAGGUAUGGAUAAAUGUACCCUAUGAUCAGAAA